GCUUCCGGGGCUUCCGUCGAUGAACAGGUGGAUAUCAAUGCUACCUCUAUAGGCCCUCUGUUCUCUUCGUCUAGAAUCUCGAGCCUCAGCAUUGUCUGGGUGUCUUUCAUGACUUGGGCAGACUUUUGGGCGCUCUGUACAUGCUUCCCGUCUCUCGCGAGUCUAGAACUCGGGGGCAUACACUUCGACCAACCACUAGACUCGACACUAGAUGUCAAGGCAAAUGACACAGCAAGCAUUACCGCUCUUAUGAUCAUCAAAACCCUCGUUGUAGGGGUCCUUGGUAUCAAAGGCAUGGCGACCGUCCUACGUGGUUUAUCACGGUAUCCAUUCGAGCUUCGUCUACGGAAGGUGUCCUGGAGCUGCACUGACGACGACCCUACCUUGUUCGAUGUCAUCAAGUUAUCAGAGCAGUCUCUCGAACAUCUAUACCUAAUGGUUGGGAAGCGAGUCGACGACUCAUUCCUGCGAGAGGGCGACUUGACAAAGCACGCCAGGCUGCACACCCUUCUUCUUGGCUUCUCAUUCCGUCGCUUCGUUGCAGGUGACAAGCCGCACACUGUCAUUCCCACCUUCCUGUCUCGUCUCCAUCUCGAAUGUUUGCGCCGCCUUAUCAUCUACAUGGUGCUCUCCGUACCCCGUACGGAGCCUAUGCUCUGGGAGUUUUUCGAUUGGCCGGCCCUCGAUCGCUCUCUAGCCAUCCUCGCGAAGAACCAACCUGCGUUGCGGGUAACCUUCGAUCUCUCAUUGUGUAUUCGCGAAGGAGAAACUAUUCCCGAUGUCGUCGGACCGUUGACGGAUCGGCUACGUAACACCCUGCUUGCGGGCAUGAGAAUCAAAGUCGUGGCGAAGGAAAAUCGGCCCACUCGUCCUCUUGCUGCCUCCGGAAUGUCCUGCUGGCUUCCUAUACCUCAUGAUGCCGUGGAAUGAUUGCGCGCAGCGCGUGCUUUACACCGGGCUUAUUGGGAGUUUGACUGCAACUGAGACGAUGAGGUA